UAAUAUCCAAUUAGGGAUUGCCACGUGGAUACGUGACCAUUUAGGAGCAUUCAGUUUUCGUGUUUUGCAGUGAUAAAUAUCUCUCAGAGCUAACCCCGGAGAGCUUACAGAAUUCAAGCUAAACAUUGUUAGAGAGAAAGAGAGCGAUAAUGGCGAUGAGGCGAUUCGCGUUGUUUUCGAUCCUUGUGUUGUCGUUGUUCGCUUCUUCUAUCAGAAGCGAAGAGACGGAGACGAAGGAGUUCGUGUUGACCUUGGAUCACACUAACUUCACCGAUACCAUCAACAAACACGAUUUCAUCGUCGUCGAGUUCUACGCCCCAUGGUGUGGACACUGCAAGCAGCUUGCUCCUGAGUAUGAGAAGGCUGCGUCAGAGUUGAGCAGUAACGUCCCUCCGGUUGUUCUUGCUAAGAUUGAUGCAAGUGAGGAAACAAACAGAGAAUUUGCAACCCAAUACGAGGUUCAAGGUUUCCCAACAAUCAAGAUUUUCAGAAACGGAGGUAAAGCUGUUCAAGAAUACAAUGGACCUCGUGAAGCUGACGGCAUUGUUACUUACUUGAAGAAACAAAAUGGACCUGCUUCAGCUGAAAUUAAGUCAGCUGAUGAUGCUGCUGAUGUUGUUGGUGACAAGAAGGUUGUUGUGGUUGGGAUUUUCCCUAAACUAUCUGGCUCCGAGUUUGAUUCUUUCAUGGCCAUUGCUGAGAAAUUGCGCUCUGAGUUAGAUUUUGCACACACCUCGGAUGCCAAACUUCUUCCCCGUGGAGAAUCAUCUGUAACAGGACCUGUAGUCAGGCUAUUCAAACCCUUUGAUGAACAAUUUGUUGAUACCAAGGAUUUCGAUGGUGAAGCUCUGGAGAAAUUUGUCAAAGAAUCCAGCAUUCCACUUAUCACCGUCUUUGACAAAGAUCCAAACAACCACCCAUAUGUUAUCAAGUUCUUUGAAAGCACUAAUAUCAAGGCCAUGUUGUUCAUGAACUUCACUGGAGAAGGAGCCGAGUCUCUUAAAUCAAAGUACCGUGAAGUUGCUACAUCCAACAAGGGACAGGGUCUUAGCUUCCUUCUAGGUGAUGCUGAGAACAGCCAAGGUGCAUUCCAGUACUUUGGACUCGAAGAGAGCCAAGUUCCUCUCAUCAUCAUCCAGACUGCUGACGACAAGAAAUACCUGAAAACAAAUGUGGAGGUUGACCAGAUUGAAUCAUGGGUUAAGGACUUCAAGGAUGGAAAAAUUGCUCCCCACAAAAAAUCUCAACCUAUCCCAGCCGAAAACAACGAGCCAGUGAAGGUUGUUGUUUCUGACAGCCUUGACGACAUUGUCUUAAACUCUGGAAAGAACGUCUUGCUUGAAUUCUAUGCUCCAUGGUGUGGACACUGCCAAAAGCUUGCUCCAAUCUUGGACGAAGUUGCUGUGUCGUACCAAAGCGACCCAAGUGUAGUCAUAGCUAAGCUAGAUGCAACCGCAAACGACUUCCCACGUGAUACCUUUGAUGUGAAGGGCUUCCCGACCAUUUACUUCAAAGCAGCAAGCGGAAACAUUGUGGUUUACGAAGGAGACAGGACAAAGGAAGAUUUCAUAAGCUUCAUCGACAAGAACAAGGACACAGUUGGAGAGGCUAAGAAGGAGGAAGAGACAACUGAGGAAGUCAAGGACGAGCUCUGAAAAAGAGAAAUGUUUUGUGUCUCUUAGCUGCUAGCUUAGUUUGGUAGUUUUGAGAAAAAUACACAGAAGAAAGACAAGAGCUUUGAGUAGACAGAGAGAGUGAGAGAGACGACAGACAGACAGAGAGAAUCUCUUUAUCUAUUCAUUAGGUUUUUUACAUGUGCACUCUGCAGAACAAUAAUUGCCUCUCUUUUUUUUUGGUUGAUUUUACCUUCUUCUUUUU